AUAGUUUCACAAUAUGAUAAUAGACUCAUUGUCAGAUAUAUAAGUAGAGAGGGGCAACAGUCCACCAGCACAUCGGUUACCAACGUUGGUGAAACCCUCGACUGUCCGCUUCAGAGCAGCUUUUCAACGGUUACAAGAAAGCAAGAUGAAGUUGGCCGUGGUAUUCCUGGUGCUGUCCAUGGUUGUGCUUAUGGCUGAACCUGGAGAAGCAUUUUUCAGACAUUUUGUGCGACAUGUUUUGGGACGUUGUACUAUCUGGGGAAAGAAGAAGGAAGCGGAACAAGCCGACCAGCAAAAACUGGACCAGCAGAAACUGGACCAGCAGAAACUGGACCAGCAGAAACUGGACCAGCAAGAACUGGACCAGCAAGAACUGGACCAGCAAGAACUGGACCAGCAAGAACUGGACCAGCAGGAACUGGACCAGCAGCAACUGGACCAGCAGGAACUGGACCAGCAGGAGAAAGACCAGCAGGACAAAGACCAGCUGCAAAUUCAAAAACGUUCAUUUCAGCAACACAAGGCUUUGCAGCGUCAUUAGGCAACGACCCAAAUAUAAUUUGGGUCAAAUUGCCCGAAACAUGCAUUUUGCUUUUCCUGAAGGAUUUUUGCUGAAUUGAUUUUGAUACAAUCAAUUGAUAAAUAAAAAAUGGCUUGGCAGCAGAAUAAAUUGA